UCUAGUGAUUUUCUUUUUGAUGAUGACAACACAAAGAAUUGCAUUUAACGCAGCGCUUGCGUAAUAAAUUGUUUUAGUGAAUAGUAAUGAUUGCUUAAAUUUUCCAUUUUUUUAACCAUAAAUUCCUAAUUAAGUUUUAAAAACUAUUUCACAGCAAAAAUAUGGCAGAUCAACAACAGUUUUUCUUAAAAUGGAACGAUUUUCAAAGUAAUAUGGUUUCCUCCUUUCGACAUCUAAGAGAUGAAAAAAGUUUUACAGAUGUUACACUAGCUUGCGAGGGUCAGACGUGUAAAGCUCAUAAAAUGGUUUUGUCAGCAUGCAGUCCGUAUUUCAAAAGCUUACUAGAGGAAAACCCAUCGAAACAUCCCAUUAUUAUACUUAAAGACGUAGCAUACAGUCAUCUUCAAGCAAUUCUAGAAUUUAUGUAUGCGGGCGAAGUAAAUGUAAGUCAGGAACAAUUACCUGCAUUUCUAAAGACUGCAGACAGACUCAAAGUGAAAGGUCUCGCCGAGGCACCACAAGCCAUCAAACGAGAAUAAUUCCUACUUAAACUUUUGCACACAUAGCAAAAUUUUAAGAAACAUUUUUGUACUUUUCUGUCUAGUUAAAUUGAUUCAGUAUGCAAUAUUGGUUCCAUAUAGUUGUACAUUGCAAGUAAUUUUAUUUAAAGGGUUUUGUUUAUAUAGUAGAGGUAUAAGAUACAUAUAUUUUCGUAACAUGAUCGAAAGUAAUAGGUUUUAAUAAUCAAAAUUUACAGAAGCUCUUCAUUUUAAGCUAACGCUUUUAGUAAGUUUAGUACCAACUUAGAAUUUUAAAUUAUAUAUUACUUGUAAAUUGCUUGAUUUAGGAUUAGUAUUAUUAAAUUAGUUUGUAUGAAGUGUGAAAGCGACUACGUAACAUGUACUAUUUCAUUUUGUGACAAAUCAUAGAUUUAUACGUUUUAAGCACAGAGUUUGAUGUGAAUAUGAUUGAUAAUUACCAUAUUUGUUACCAGUUAUUUUUACAGUUUUAUAGAUCUUCAACAAAUAAGGGUUGUCAUAUUUGUAAUAUAGUUUUGCCUUUUCAUUUGUAACAAUUUCAUACCGUUAAGUUUAUUUUAGUGUAUACUUUUUAUUAUAUUGUGCAGAAAUUU